AUGGUCAAGUAUCACGUUGCCAACACACAAAGCUCGGCACAGAGCCUGAAGCCGCCUCUUAGUGCACCGGAGCUUACGCGCUCGUCUACGACUACAUUCGGUGUCGACAAAGUGGCCCUCGUCGUGACAGAAUGUAUAACGAUCACAAGUGCGAUGCGCAAGCAUACACGUUGGACACACUCCAGCGGGUCGAGGAUCCUUGGGGAUAGCUACCCAAAGGCACCGUCUACGCGACGUGUUGAAAGAGUUGACAAUGCGGGGAUCUUAAACCAAGAGGAUAUGGUAUCAAGCCGCUGGGCUAUGCGAGGAAAUCAAGAGGAGGUACUCGAAAAGGACUCCCUCCUGGUGGCAUUUUCGAGCCUGCGAUCGAACCUCAAGAACUGCAAAAACAUUAGGAAUUACGAUACAACCGCGCUACUACACCCCUUCCUCCAAGUCGUACGAUCCUCCUCCACACCCGCUCAGAUUACAUCGCUCGCUCUCAUUGCCAUCACGAAGUUUCUUUCCUAUAAUGUCAUCUCUCUGGAGUCCCCUCGGCUGGCGGAGGCCAUGGAGCUACUAUCGUCGGCUAUCGCACACUGCCGGUUCGAGGCAACGACUUCGGCAAAUGAAGAAACUGUGUUACUGCAGAUAUUGAACAUCAUGGAAAGCACAAUCUUGAGUCCAGAGGGUGAAUUUCUCGGGGAUGACAGUGUUUGCGAGAUGAUGGAGACUGUUCUGAGCAUGGCCUGCCAGCUCAGGCUCUCGGUAGUCCUACGACAGUCAGCUGAGAUGACCAUGGUAUCCAUCUGCCAAGUGGUCUUUGAGCGAUGGAAAUAUCUGGAACUUCAGGCGAGUGCCGAGCCGGAGGCAUUGCACGAUAACAUCAAAGCCAAGAUAGAAACUUUGAACAUAGAUGCUUCAAAACUGCAGACCUACACAGCGGAACUACGCGCAUAUGAUCCUUCAAGUGUGGAAGAGACACAGUCGUUCGUGAGCGUGGAUAGUUUGAUUGACGGGUCCCUAAGCAUGAAAAUGCAAACUGCCGGCGAGAUUUUGAAUCCCAUCCUCGAAGACGGCCAGCAAAACCAAGUCAGGACAGUCUCGAUCAAGCCCUACUCCCUUCCUUCAAUACGCAAGCUUCUCAUUGUCCUUACCGAGAUGAUAGAUCCUCACAACAAGCAAACUACAAAUAGAAUGCGUAUCAUUGCAUUGCGCAUUCUUGAUGUUGCGUUCGAAAUAGCGGGACCAUCAAUCAUAAACCACGCCGGUCUAGCAAACCUGGCGAAGGACACCCUGUGCCGAUACUUGUUCCAAUUGAUUCGAUCGAAUGACAUGGCCCUCCUCAAUCACUCGCUGUGUGUGUGCCGGACGCUCCUUACAACAUGCCGCAAUGUCCUCCGGCUGCAGCAGGAGCUAUUCCUAUCCUAUGUGGUGGCUUGCGGUGCCGUUCCGCCAGGGGACAUCGCAUUGGAGCCUAAUGUCGAGCUCUUCCUGUUCGAGUGCAUACCAGAGUUACCUAGGGUCCUCAAGCCAUCUCUCUCGUCUGCGGCAAUCCAUAGCGCUGGCAAAGCGCCAUCGAGGUCCAUGAAAAAUCCACAAGAUCUGCGACUCGAGGACGGCGCGAGGACAGCAGAUGCUCGUGAGGCGAUAGUAGAAAGCCUCAGUGCUUUAAUCAGGAUUCCCUCAUUUAUGGUCGAACUGUUUGUCAAUUACGAUUGUGAUGUUGACAGAAGGGACUUGUGCUCUGAUAUGGUGAGAUUUCUAUCGCGGAACACCUUCACAUGCUCAGACCAACCGUGGAGUACCGUUUCAGCGUUAUGUUUGGACUCACUCUUGUCCUACGUGGAAUCAAUCGCCGAUAGACUGGAAGAUGCACCCAACAUAGAAAGCGUGCCCGGCAUAGAAAGUCUACGACACCAGCGGUCGCACAAAAUUAUAAUCAUGCAAGGUGCUUCUAAAUUUAACGAAAAUCCUAAGGACGGCCUCUGCUUUCUCGUCGCCCAAGGCAUCAUCCAAGACCUCGAGAACCCCAGGGAAAUUGCAAAGUUUCUCAAAGAAACCACUGCGAUCGAAAAGAAAACUCUAGGCGAUUUCAUUUCGAAGAAGACCAAUGAGAAUAUUUUGCGAGAGUUUAUGAAGCUUUUCAACUUCGCCGGAAAACGAAUCGACGAGGCUACCCGCGAGUUACUAGGCGCAUUCCGUCUCCCUGGCGAGUCAGCACUCAUAGAGAGAAUCAUGGAAGUGUUUGCUGCACAAUACAUGGAUGAAGCCAAACCGGCCGAAAUUGCAGACUCGACUGCAGCGUUUGUACUCGUGUAUGCCACCAUCCUAUUGAACACCGAUCAGCAUAAUCCGAAUUUUAAAGGCCAAAAGCGCAUGGCAAUUGAGAACUUCGCCCAGAAUCUUCGCGGUGUUAACGAUGGGAGGGAUUUCGAUAUCGAAUUUCUCCAGGAAAUCUUCAAUUCUAUCAGGACACGUGAGAUCAUCCUACCCGAGGAGCAUAACGAUGACAAUGCCUAUGACCAUGCUUGGCAGGAGAUGAUAGUCAAAGCCGAGUCUACUCCAGAUUUGAUUUACUGCAACACCAAUACUUUUGAUGCAGACAUGUUUGCGGCAACGUGGAAGCCAAUUGUCGCGUCGCUUUCAUAUGUAUUUAUGUCAGCGACCGACGAGGCUGUCAUCCUAAGAGUGAUAACUGGAUUCGACCAUUGCGCUCAUAUUGCUGCGAAGUAUGGACUAAGUGAUCUAUUGGACAGGAUUGUAGCAUGUCUGUCACAUAUCACCACGCUUGCUCCCGAAGUGGCACCAAAUACGAGUCUCAAAAUCCAAGUGAAGCACGAGAACAAUACUCUUGUAGUCUCGGAGACUGCUGUUCAAUUUGGGCGUAAUGACAGAGGUCAGAUGGCAAUGCUACUCCUGUGCCGAAUCCUCAAUGGCAACGAGUGUGCGAUCCGAGAUGGAUGGGAACAGGUCCUCCGGAUACUACGAAACCUCUUUGUGAAUUCCCUGAUGCCUUCCUCGUUCGCCGUAUCUCGCGAACCACUGGAACUUCCACCUAUCCCGCUACAAAGCCCCACGCAAAUCAUUAAUGAAGACCACGAAGUGGCGGAAAUAGGUCUGAUUUUUGCUUUUACAUCUUACGUUUCCAGCCUCGCAAAUGCCGAGCCUCUGGAACCCUCGGACCAAGAGAUCGAGCACACCCUAUGUGCAAUCGAUACCAUCAGCGCUUGUUUGUUGGACGAAAUCGCGUCCAACGUCUCCAAAAUGUCCACAGAAGGGUUGAAAGCUCUCUUCACGGCACUUUUGUCCCAACUAUCCGAAGACAUAUCGCGUGGAGACAUCGUUGUAACGCCAAAUGUGCUUUCAUCAAGUCCCAUCAACCAGAGCCACGAUGACAGCACUGUGUCAACGGCGACUUACGAUCCAUCUAUUGUCUUUAUCUUGGAGCUGCUUACAAUACUUACACUGCAAGACUGCCGAACAAUAGAGGUGUUUGGUAGAGACACGGCGAACGCAUUGCAGAACAUCAUAAAUGACGCGGGUCGGGUACAUCCCAUCAUCGUGUCUAGAGUUGUCUACUACCUGCUACUAUUAUUAAAAGGGAACAAUAACUGCAACUUUAUAGACACUCCCGUCCUCCUGCAUGCCUUCGCUGGCCUUGACGUUCAUCUUCUGCAAGCAUGUGCGAGCUGCCUUCUCCAGGGUAUAACGGUUUGCAUUGAUAGUUCUCCGCGGUUACGGGAUGAGAUAACUCGUUGUCCUGAUUUCUGGUCUAUUGUUGAUCAGUUGCGCGUAAUACCGGAGAACGCUGCAAGUGUUCUCAGGGUUGUUGACACACUAGUUAGCACGGUACAGACCACAAUUAACACAGCAAAUUACGAGGCAAUCGUUCAACUACUAGAUCAAUUCGCCACCACUUCCAGCGCUGGGCUGAAACCAGAGCACACCCUGCGAGGACGGAGAACGAAGUGUCAGGAGCAGCACGCGCCGAAGAACGCCGAAUUAAACGAGAUGGCCCAAUGCGGAAUCAAAGCCACGACCAUUCUCUCCAACCUGACACUCCGGGUUCCUGAACUCAUUGACAAAUCCUCGCUUCCCACCCCUGAAGCUUGGAACGCUCAUUGGUCACCCAUCUUCCGCACGCUCAUAGCACAAUGCCUCAAUCCCUGCCAUGAGGUCCGCAUGCAAGGAUUUGAACUCCUUCAAAGUACACUCCUUAGAAAGCAUGGAUUAGUUUCCGCAGGACACACGGAGUGGACCAAUAUCUUUACCCAGGUGCUGUUCCCCAUAGUCGCCCAGCUAUUGACACCAGAGAUUUAUCAGUCUGAUCCCUCGAGUAUGAGCGAGAUGAUUGUGAGGGUCUCCACGUUGUUGUGCCGCUGCUAUCUACAUUAUCUGACUGAGUUGGCGGAGUCGGUUGGGUUACUGGAUUUAUGGUUGCACAUUAUUGAUCUGAUGCACCGUUUACUCAAUACCGGUCAGGCUGGGAAAUUGGAAGAGAUUGUCACCGAAAACAUCAAGAACACACUCCUCGUCAUGGCAAAUGGCGGAUAUCUCGUCGUGUCGGAAGAGAAACCGGAGCAAACAAAGUUGUGGAACGAGACAUGGAAGAGGAUGGAGGUAUUCUUGCCGCACUUGCGUGAGGAAUUAUUUCCUGGAGUGGGAACGUGCAGUGACGAUGUAGAAAACAAUCUAUAG